UUGAGGUCAAGCUUAGUACGAACAAAACCUUUUUGUCCAAAUAACUUCGUCUGCAAGCACUGAGAGGUUCUUUACUUUUCCAACAUUUUCUUAUUUCCUGGAUUCUGUAUCAGCAAUUCUGAUUGAUCAAAAUGACAUUCUUUUUAUCUUGAAGAAAAAGCUACAAAAGGGUAUGACACUAAGGGGAGCUAAUAUAAUACUUAUACUGUGAAGAAAAAAAGGAAAGAGACAAUGAUGGAGGAGGAAGUUUCAGACAAGAGAAAGAAAGCUAACAGAGACCCUUUCACUGAUAUUGUGUUUUCUUGGUCCGUAGAGGAUAUUUUCAAUGAAAAUCUUUAUCAGAAUCAGGUGGAAAGAAUUCCUGAAUCCUUUAAAUCGGUUCAGCAUUAUUUGGGGUCUUAUGCCUACCCCUUAUUGGAAGAAACUCGAGCAGAAUUGCAUUCGAGUAUGGAUAUUAUAUGGAAUCAACCUUUUGCUGAAGUAAUUUCUUUUGAAGAAUCCAAGCCAUAUGGAACCAAAAUAUACAAAGUAAAGGUUGAUUAUUGGCGGAAUAGAUUCUCCGAACGUGGCAAGGAGCCUUACAAAACUUUGCCUGGAGAUGUUUUCAUUUUAGCAGAUGCUAAACCAGAAACUGUUUCUGACUUGCAAAGGGCUGGCAGGUCAUGGGCAUUUCUUUCAGUGACUAAAAUCGCAGAUGAUGAUAAUGAGGAUGGUUUAAGUUCUACCUUUUUCAAAGUCAAAGCAUCAAAAGAGUUUGAACUUGACAAUGAGAUGCGGUCAUCUCUGUUUGUAAUUUUCUUGGGAAACCUUACCCCAAACAGAAGAAUAUGGAAGGCACUGCAUAUGUUUAAAAAUUUGAAAGUUGUUGAGAAAAUUCUUCGCCCUGAUUCUAUGGUUGAAGAAAAAUGUAAUUACUAUUCUGAAAAGGGUCAUGGCUUUUGGGAUGUGAAGCUGGUUGAGAAUAUAGAGUCUAAAUUGAAUGAGUCCCAAACUGAAGCAGUUCUUUCCUGUCUCAGCAAGAUACACUAUGAGAAUGAAUCUGCCUUCGAACUUAUUUGGGGUCCCCCUGGGACAGGGAAGACAAAAACUACUGCUACACUUCUUUUUACUCUCUUGGCAAUGAAGUUUAGAACUCUCAUUUGUGCCCCUACGAAUGUUGCAAUAACUGAAGUGGCUUCCCGUGUUGUGAAGGUGGUAUGUGAUGCGGAGCCUGAUGCUUUGCUUUGUUCACUGGGUGAUAUUCUUCUGUUUGGAAAUAAGGAGCGGCUCAAAGUUGGUUCAGAUAUUCAAGAUAUAUAUUUGGAUUAUCGUGUCCAGAAGAUUGCUGAAUGUUUAGGUUCACACAGUGGUUGGAGGCAUUGUUUUGGUUCCAUGAUAAAUUUUCUUGAAGAUUGUGUUUCCCAGUACCAUAUUUUCUUGGAAAAUGAGAUGAUUAAAGAGAGUGAGCAGAGCACUGAAUGUGAUAUCAAAGAGAAGGGAAGUACAAGUAAAGCAAUAGUUAAGUCAUUUCGUGAGUUUGUAAGAGAGAGAUUUGUUUCUGUGGCAGUACCUCUUAGGCACUGCGUUUCCGUAAUCUGUACUCAUAUGGGCAAAAGUUACAUUUCGGAACAAUGUUACCAAAACAUGAAAUCCCUUAUUUUCUCACUUGACUCUUUUGAAAAAAUGCUAUUUAAAAAAAAAGUGGCUUCUAAAGCACUGGAAGAGUGUUUUUCUCAAACAGAUGCAGUUGAAGAUUUCCCUGAGACAUUUGAACAUGAGCAAUCUCUUCUCUGUAUGAGGAGAAGUGAAUGCCUUUCGCUUUUGAGAACCCUUCAGUGUUUUCUUGGUGGACUCACCUUCCCAAAUUUCAGGAGCCAGGAAUCAAUAAAGGAAUUCUGUUUUCAAAGAGCUUCACUAAUAUUUUGCACGGCUUCUACUUCAUAUAAGUUGCAUAAAGUGGCGAUGGAACCACUAAGAGUUUUGGUUAUUGACGAAGCCGCACAGUUGAAAGAGUGCGAGUCAACCAUACCCCUGCAGCUCCGUGGUAUAAAGCAUGCUAUUCUUGUUGGUGAUGAAUGCCAAUUACCAGCAAUGGUUCAAAGCAAAAUUUCUGAUGAAGUUGGUUUUGGAAGAAGUUUGUUUGAGAGGUUGAGCUCACAGGGUUGUGCAAAACAUCUGCUAAAUAUGCAAUACAGAAUGCAUCCAUCAAUAAGUUUAUUCCCAAAUUUGAAAUUCUAUGAUAACCUGAUUGUAGAUGCACCUAUUGUUAGAAGGAAAAGCUAUGAAAUACAUUGCCUGCAGGGGUCAAUGUAUGGUCCUUAUUCUUUUAUAAAUGUAAUUGGUGGAAGAGAGGAGAAGGAUGAUGAUGGACGUAGUUGGAGAAAUAUGGUUGAGGUAGCAAUCGUAUUGAAAAUACUGCAGAAUCUCUACAGAGCAUGGGCUGUUUCAGAACAUAAACUCAGUAUUGGUGUUGUGUCACCCUAUGCUGCCCAAGUGGUUGCAAUUCAGGAUCGACUUGGGGGGAAGUACAAUAAUAUUGAUGGAUUUCUUGUGAAAGUAAAGACAAUUGAUGGAUUCCAGGGUGGAGAGGAGGAUAUAAUCAUAAUAUCAUCUGUAAGGAGUAACAGUUUCCAAUCAGUAGGUUUCAUAUCCAAACCUCAGAGAGUGAAUGUUGCCCUGACAAGAGCUAGGCAUUGUCUAUGGAUUUUGGGUAGUGAAAGAACCUUAGAUGGUAGUCAAACUAUUUGGGCAGAUUUAGUUCUCGACGCCAAGAAACGCAAUUGUUUCUUCAAUGCUGAUGACGACAAAGAUUUGGCUAAGGCUAUAUUAGAGGUCAAAAAAGAGUUUGAUCAGCUUGAUGAUUUACUUAAUGGGGAUAGUAUGGUUUUCAAGAAUUCGAGAUGGAAGGUUCAAUUCAGUGAUAACUUUCUCAAGUCAUUCAAAAAACUAACAUCUGUGCGGAUAAAAAAGUCAGUUUUAAACCUUUUACUUAAGCUCUCCAGUGGCUGGAGACCUAAGAAGCGGAAUAUAGACUCAGUUUGUGGAAGCUCCAUGCAGAUAGUGAAGCAAUUUAAGGUUGAAGGUCUCUAUGUUGUUAGUACAACUGACAUUGUAAAGGAUUUGAGGUUUAUACAAGUUUUGAAGAUCUGGGAUCUAUUGCCUCUGGAGGAUAUACCAAAAUUGAUAAAACGCCUUGAAAGUAUUUUUUGUAAAUACACUGAUGACUUCAUCAAUCUCUGCAAUGAGAAAUGUCUUGAGGGAAAUUUGGAAGUACCCAAAAGCUGGUCACCUUCUGUAGAUAUUGUCCGAUUUAAAGAUCUUAGCAUCAAUGAAACUGGAAAUGAUCAAGUUGGUGCUGCUUCUGAUGGUAGAAGUUAUGUUGAGAAUUCAAAGGUCAGUGAGAGUCUGUUGUUGAUGAAAUUCUACUCCUUAUCAUCAGUUGCAGUGAACCACUUGAUGUCUGACCAUGAUGGUAGAGAAUUAGAUCUCCCAUUCGAAGUGACUGACCAAGAAAUGGAGAUUAUACUUUUUGAUAGAAGUAGCUUCAUUCUUGGACGUUCUGGUACUGGGAAAACUACUGUGUUAACCAUGAAGUUAUUUCAGAAAGAAAAAUUGCACCAAAUGGCUGAUGAAGCAUUCUAUGGAAUUGAGAGCAAUUCACUUGGACAUGGUAUUCAGGAUAAUGAUGCGAAGGAAAGCUCAAUGGAGACUGGAGGAACUGUUUUGCGCCAGCUCUUUGUGACAGUGAGUCCGAAGCUAUGUUUUGCUGUGAAGCAACAUGUUUCCCACUUGAAAAGUUUUGCAUCUGGUGGAAAAUCUUCCGAUGAAAGCGGUUCCUCUGUUUGGGACUAUAUUGAUGAUGAAGAAAUACAAUUCAAGAACAUACCGGAUUCUUUUGUCAAUAUUCCACCCAAUUCGUACCCUCUGGUCAUAACUUUCCAUAAGUUCUUAAUGAUGCUUGAUGGAACAUUGAGUAAUUCAUACUUUGAAAGAUUCCUCAAUGUACCAGAAAUUUCUAAUUGUAAAAUGCAAAGUUCAAGAUCGGUUAUGCUACCGAUCAUUCUAAGGACAAAGGAAGUCAACUAUGAGAGAUUCAGUUCAUCAUAUUGGCCUCAUUUCAAUUCCCAGUUGACAAAGAAUCUUGAUCCUUCUAGAGUAUUUACUGAGAUAAUUUCAUAUAUAAAAGGAGGCUUGCAAUCCAUGGAAUCAAUUGAUGGUAAAAUCAAUCGUGAGGACUAUGUUCUACUGUCAGAGGGUCGUGCCUCCAGUUUAAGUAAGAAAAAGAGAGAGAUAAUAUAUGAUAUAUUUCAGAGUUAUGAGAAAAUGAAGAUGGAGAAUGGUGAAUAUGAUCUUGCUGAUUUUGUAAUUGAACUCCAUUUUCGACUCGGACGUGAAAGAUAUAGGGGUGAUGAAAUGGAUUUUGUAUAUAUUGAUGAGGUCCAAGAUCUAACAAUGAGUCAAAUUGCUUUGUUCAAGCAUGUUUGCAGUAACGUUGAAGAGGGUUUUGUUUUUUCUGGUGAUACUGCACAAACAAUUGCAAGGGGUAUUGAUUUCAGAUUUCAAGAUAUAAGGAAUCUAUUUUACAAGAAGUUCUUUUUGCAAUCAAGGAUUAGUGCACAGGGUGAAAGAAAUGAAAAGGGACUUAUCUCAGAGGUUUUCCAGUUAACUCAAAAUUUCCGUACCCAUGCUGGUAUACUGAAAUUAUCUCACAGCAUUAUAGAACUUAUUUAUUGUUUCUUUCCUAGUUGCAUUGAUAAAUUAAAGCCUGAAAGUAGUCUGAUAUACGGGGAAGCUCCAAUUUUACUUGAAUCCGGGAACAAUGAAAAUGCAAUCAUAAAAAUCUUUGGAAAUCCUGAAAGCGUUAGUGGGAAGAUUGUUGGUUUUGGUGCUGAGCAGGUGAUACUGGUAAGAGAUGACAAUGCACGCAAGGAAAUUUCAAAUUAUGUUGGGAAGCAAGCUCUUGUUCUAACUAUACUUGAAUGCAAGGGCCUUGAGUUUCAGGAUGUAUUGUUGUACGAUUUUUUCGGCUCAUCACCUCUUACGAAUAAGUGGAGGGUGAUAUAUGAAUAUAUGAAGGAACAAGAUCUCCUUGAUUCCAAUUCACCUAGUUUUCCACAUUUCAAUGAGUCUAAACACAAUAUCCUGUGCUCUGAACUGAAGCAAUUAUAUGUUGCUGUUACACGUACAAGGCAGAGGUUGUGGAUUUGUGAGACUUCAGAAUUCUCCAAACCUAUGUUUGACUAUUGGAAGAAGAAGUGUCUUGUACAAAUUAUGCAAUUGGAUGAUUCACUUGCUCAGGCAAUGCAAGUUGCAAGCAGUCCCGAGGAGUGGCGAUCUCGGGGUAUCAAGCUAUAUUCCGAGCAUAACUAUGAAAUGGCCACAAUGUGCUUUGAACGAGCUGGUGACACUUACUGGGAAAGAAGAUCCAAAGCUGCUGGCCUUAAAUCGAUGGCUGAUCGGAUGCGCAUUGCAAAUCCUGAAGUAGCUAAUUCCAUCCUAAGGGAAGCUGCUGAAAUAUUUGACGCCAUAGGCAAGGCAGAUUCUGCUGCGAGAUGUUUUUAUGAUCUAGGAGAAUAUGAAAGAGCAGGUAGGAUUUAUAUGGAAAAAUGUGGUGAGUCUGAGCUGGGAAGAGCUGGAGAAUGCUUUACUCGUGCAGAAUGCUAUGAGCUUGCUGCGGAGGUGUAUGCUAGGGGAAAUUUUUUCUCUGAAUGUCUGAAUGUCUGUGCCAGAGGAAAAUUAUUUGAUAUGGGUUUGGAUUUCAUUCAAUGCUGGAAACAGCAUGCAACAAAUGACUCUGGCAUGACAAAGAGAGGAAAAGAUAUUGAGGAAAUUGAACAGAAGUUUCUGGAAAGCUGUGCAUUGCACUAUCAUGAGGUUAAAGAUAUCAGGGCAAUGAUGAAAUUUGUUAAGGCCUUUAGUUCCAUGGAUUUAAUUCGUGAAUUUUUGAGGUCAAAAGGCUGCUUUGAUGAACUAAUGCUGUUGGAAGAAGAAUCUGGAAAUUUUUUGGAAGCUGCAAAUAUUGCAAAGCUAAAAGGAGAUAUACUACUUGAGGUAGAACUGCUUGGAAAGGCUAGGAAUUUUAGAGAAGCGGCAACACUGAUACUUUUAUAUGUGCUUGCAAACUCCCUCUGGUCCCAUGGUAGCAAAGGUUGGCCCAUAAAGCAGUUUAAACAGAAACAAGAGCUUUUAGCAAAAGGGAAGUCAUUUGCUAAGAAUGACAGUGACAACUUUUAUGAGUUGUUUUGCAUAGAGGCUGAUAUUAUUGCAAAUGAGCAGAGUAACUUGCAAUUAAUGAAGAAUCAAAUGAAGGCUUCUCAGAUGCACAAGAGCAUUACUGCAGAAAUGCUAUGCGUUUGGAAAAUUUUGGAUGGUCAUCUGUCUUCAAGUGUUCCAAAAUAUAUCUUUGAAGAAGAAUUGGUGUUCGAUCUUACUGAGCAUUCAGAAACUAUGAUUUCUAAGAAUCAAGUCUCUCUUGAAUCAAUGGUUUACUUUUGGAACAUUUGGAAGGAAAAGAUUGUUGGAGUAUUUGAAUAUCUUGUUCAUCUCGAGUCCGAAGAUGUUAAUGAAAAUGAAAGUUUUGGAGAAUUCUGUUUGAAUUUUUUAGGUGUCCGGAGGGAGUUUGAUAAUCUGAAUACCAGUUAUGUUCUGCUCCAUUCUGAUGCUGAUUGGAUGAGAGAUGUCAACAUGAGGCAUUUUAAAAAUAAUGGGAAGUUUGUUUCUAUUGAUGUUCAUCAGUUGGCUUCUGCUGCUCAGAGCUACUGGAGUUCAGAGUUGCUUUUUGUUGGAAUUAAGAUUUUGGAAAAGCUUCAAGCAUUAUAUGACUUCCCAGUUAAAAUUUCCGAUAUACCAUUCUGUAAAAGCAGGGCUCUUACCCAUAUCUAUGAAGUUGCAAAAUUUCUUUUUGAGUCCAAAUUUCUGAAGAAAAGAUAUCAUUAUGCUGGUAAACUGCAGAAAUCCAUUAGUCUGUCAACUCAGCAAUUUUUUGGCUACGUAUUUCCUCUUGAUUGGAGGAAGUCAUUGAGAGAGAAUAUGGUAUUGCUCAGAGGAAUGGAUAUUUCCAAAUGUUUACUUGAAGAAUUAAUAGUUGAGAAUAUCAACCCAAAGAACAAGCUUUCUUAUGGUCAAAUUGGGAGGAUUGCAAUGAUUACUCUUGGUUCUGGCAAGCUGAAAAAAGAAUCAUGUGAGAAGAUUUUACAGAAGUUGGGCGAUUAUCCCCCAUGGAAGGUCUUUUUUGAGAAUUUAUGUUCAGACACCAGUGAAAAAGAAAGAGAAGUACCUCUUAUUUGCAGUUUCAAUGAAGCUUUAUUUCGUACAUAUGAAGCAAAUUGGAGGGUUGAACGUGAUUACAUAUCACCUGGCUAUUUUGUGUAUCUUGUUGAGCACCUUCUAAUUCGGGUAUCUUGCUUCCGGGGUAACUUUUUUACUACAAAGUCAUCAUUUGUUGAAUGGCUCAUGGAAUGUGGUGAAGAUACCAAAUCAAGUCCCUAUAGAUGGGCUGAUGUGAAACCAUCUCUUGAAAAUCUCCUUGGGUCUAUGAUCCAUUUGGUUGGGCAAUGCCUUUACAAUAAGGGUGAAAUGUGGGAAUGGAUUGGAAAAUCUCCUCAGGUGAUGGAAUGGAUUGGAAAAUCUCCUCAGGUGAAGGACAGCUACUCACUGAUUGUGUCUAGAUUGGUUGUGAUUGUUUGUUUGAUUAAUUUGAAUUUUGGUAUAUGUCAAGAUUUACUCUUAGAUUUGAUUAAUAGAAACUACAUCAUUGAUCAUCUUCCACGGGACUUUCAUGGUGCCCUUUUAUGUUUUAGGAAACGCCACCCUUUGUAUAGUGUGCUAGCUGAGGCACUUAAGAAGAUUGGCAAUGAUUUGGUAAUUGUAAGUUCAGGAGAAAAUUUCCCAAAGCUUCCCUGUCCUGCCUCUGCCAUACAUGUGAAUAUGAAAAUCUUGAAAUGCAAGAAUGACAUAUUGAGGAAAAUGUUUCCAAGGACUAUUGAAACUAAACAAGGUCAAAAGGAAGCUGCUGCUGUUGAAGCUAGCAAUACUCAGAAAGUGCUCUCUGAAGCCAGUUCUGCUUCACAGAAGAAAUCUGAGCUUCCUCAAUCAAGACUUGAGUUGGUGGCCAAACAGGAACCAAACACUCAAUACAAAAACCAGGUUAACCUUUCAAAUGAUUGUCGCUGUGUUUGGGAAAUACUUGAUAGAAUGAAGAUAGUAUACAAUGGAGGAGAACAAAGUGCUUUUCUGUCACAUGCCAAAACAAUUAAGGUGGAUAUGGAGAAAUUCAUUCAGCUUUUAUCUGAUGGAUUGACUGCAAGUUAUCGGAAUACUAAUGAUUCUGACAAGAAAGUCAUGCUCGAUGAAGUGGCGACUAUGACUGGCGAGUUGAAAGAACUUUCUAAUGCAUUGAAUGAGAGUGAGGUUGGACGCAAUGAUCAAAUAUCUAGAGUUGAAGAACUUUGCAAGAGGCUGCAAUCAAAGAGGCCAAAAAUGGAGCCUAUCUUGAACCAGCUUUUCGUCCUUAACAACACAAACCUCGCUGAUAAGGAAUCACAGAUCGAGAAAGUUGUUGGUUCUAGUGAAAAGUCUGAUGAGGUUAAAAAUACUGUUGUGGAUGAAAGAAAUGUUGAUUCUCACAAGGUUGACACUGAGGCUGCUCAAGUUAAUGCUGAUUCUGGAACCCCAAGUAGCAGCUCCAACGCUGAUAACAAAGGAAAGGGAAAUAGUAACAGGAAUAAGAAAAAGAAGGCCAAAAAGGGAGGAAAGAGAAAAUAGCCUUUUGUGUAAAUAUGGAUUUUGGUGUAGGUUGAAGACGCAUACUUAAAAGAAAAGUUGUAUAUGCAAUAUGGUUAGAUGUUAAAAACUUGAAAAUAUUAUACAGCGUUUUGAGGGACAAAGUAUAGAUAUUUGAGAGGCUUAUGCUAAUGCUGAAUCUGAUAGUUUUUGAUUUUGUUCUUUACUGAGCCUCCAAACUGUAAUCUGAAACUAAAUAUGUGCAAGGAGUAUUUCAUAGUAUGUUUGAAAGUUGAAGCUGUUUAAA